UGGAUCACAGAUGCACUCUGUUGCAUUCCACAGCGGCAGAUAAUUCUUGUUUUUCUUUUCCUCUCAGGCUUCUCAGGAGAAAAAAUCCCGGCAAAGGGAGUUUCAUAAAAUACCACAGUGACACCCAUGCUGCUAUCUGUGCUCUCCCCGCAGAAAGAGGAGCCCCGAGGGCGGGCACAGCCCCCGGCUGGCGGUGCUGCCGCACAUUCCCCACCGAGCCAAGCGCCGGCCCAGCUCCCGGAGCCCCCCGUGUCCCUGGAGUGCCCCAGAGCCUCAGGGGAGGCUCCCGGUGUGCCGCCGUCGCUCCCCGCCAAGAGCAGCUCCCGGGGGGCGGCUGGGGGGCUGCGCAGCCCCCCCGGCAGCGCGGCGGCCCCCGAGGUGCCCUAUGCCCGGGUGCACAAAGAACCCGCCCGCCCCGAGCCCCCCGAGGCCAAGUACCAGCAGCUCGUGUGCUUCCACGUCUAUGCCGAGCCCCGCGAGGAGAUGGAGCCCAGCCCACCCGGACACUGCGAGCCCCAGGAGCCCACCCCCGGGGGACACAUCCCCGGGGGACCCCCCGUCCCCGAGGGACCCCCCAGCCCCGGGGGACCCAUCCCCUCCGAGCCCAUCCCCUUCUACGCCAUGGCCCGCGGCUGGAGCGCCCGUGCCAGCCCCGAGGAGAAUGUCUACUCCGAGGUGGCACUGGCCCGGCAGGAUGUGCCAGCUCGGCCCCCCACGGCCCCCCAAAACGCCUUCUGCACGCUGCCCCCCAAAGGCCGGCCCCACCGCCGGCUCCUGCGCAGCGUUUCCAGCCAGGACUGCAGGAGGAGGCAGCUCUGGGCGGCUCCCAGCUCGGACAGGACGGACAGAGGAGGUCCCAGCACAGGCACACAGGUUGCUGUGGAGCCUGAGCUGGAUGAGCCCGUGUACAGCCAGAGCACACGCAGGGAGCAGCACCCCACGGCUGAGAACGUGUACGAGCAGCUGCCUGGGGAGUGCCCCUGAGCCCCCUGCCCAGCACCCGGCUCCCAGGCAGGAGGAGCCUCAGCCCCCAAACCUCUGCAGGAAGCUCCUGGCCCUGGGAGGAGAGCUCCAAGGCUGCUGCUGGCCCCAGCUGCUCCAUGGGGAGCUCUUCCAGCUUCCCAACCCCGAU